CAGGAAGCAACAAGGAUAUGACGCUAAUACAAUACCUCCACAAAUGUCACUGGAUUUCCAAAAUCAAUUUUCUUGUCCAUAACCUAUUUUGGUGAAACCUUACAGGGCUCACUUGGGCAGCUAAACACAGCUUUGGUGAACGCACUGAGGUUUCGGGUCAUCGGCUGACGGAGCGUCGCGCGCGGGUCUAUGCGCGGGGGCUCCAGCGCGGCAGGAUGAGUGGCGCCGCGCUGGGCAUCGAGAUCGUGGUGGUGUUCUUCCUCGCGCUCUUCCUCCUCCAUCGCUAUGGCGACUUCCGCAGGCAGCAGCGCAUGGUCCUGUUCGGCACGCUGCUGGCCUGGUACCUGUGCUUCCUCAUCGUCUUCAUUCUGCCUCUGGACGUCAGCACGACCAUUUACAAGCAGUGUAAAAUUGAUAAUGGUGAGCAAGCAACUAUAGGCCUACCUGCCGUGACCUCCGCCAUCUCCAACCAGACAACAACAAACUCCACCGCCCUGCCUACUACAAGUGUUCUGAAAGUGUGUUACAAGCCAUGGAGCUACAUUCCGGAUGGGAUUAUGCCUGUCUUCUGGAGGGUGGUAUACUGGACCUCACAGUGUCUCACAUGGCUGCUGCUCCCGUUCAUGCAGUCAUAUGCUCGCUCCGGUGGUUUCUCCAUCACUGGGAAGAUAAAGACGGCGCUCAUCGAGAACGCCAUCUACUAUGGGACCUACCUGCUCAUCUUCGGCUCCCUGCUCAUCUACGUGGCUGUUCACCCGCAGCUCCGCCUGUCCUGGUAUGAGCUGCAGACGAUAGGCAUCACAGCGGCCAACACUUGGGGGCUGUUCCUGCUGGUGCUGUUGCUAGGCUACGGCCUGGUGGAGAUCCCGCGGUCCUACUGGAACAGCUCGUGCCGCGGUCACCUGCUGAUGAAGACCUACUUCAAAGCGGCCAAACUGAUGACCGAGAAGGCAGACUCAGAGGAAAACCUGGAGGACAUCAUGGAGGAGGUGAGGAAAAUAAGUGAGGCUAUUAAGUACAACCACCCUUUGAGGAAGUACAUCGACACCAUUCUGAGAAAGUGUCCGGUCGAGUACCAAGAGAAGAUGGGGAGGAACAUGGACGAUUACGAGGACUUUGACGACAAACAGAACACUUACCCCAGUGAGAAGAGCCUGGUGAAGCUCCAUAAGCAGGUGAUCUACGCCGUGCAGCGGCACAACCGGACGCGGGUGCAGUGGCAGAUCCUGCUGGAGCAGGCCUUUCACCUGGAGGACGUGGCCAAAAACGAAAUCAGCUCCUCCCGCCAGUUCGUCCACAGCUUUGCCCCAGCCGAGCCUGCGAGCUGGUUCGCCCGCUACAUCUACACCCCCACGGUCGAGUGGUACUGGGAGUGCCUCCUGAGGCAGUGGUUCUACCGGGCCCUAGCGGUAGUUCUGUCGCUGUUCUCCGUGGCGGUGGUGUGGUCCGAGUGCACCUUCUUCAGCAUCCGACCCGUCCUCUCCCUCUUCGCCGUCUUCAUUCAGCUGGCGGAGCGCGAUUACAACUACCUGUACAUAGAGAUGGCGUGCUUCAUCACCAUCUUCUUCCUCUGCACGUGCGUGUACUCGACCGUGUUCCGCAUCAGAGUCUUCAACUACUACUACUUCGCCUCUCACCACCAGACCGACGCCUACAGCCUGCAGUUCAGCGGCAUGCUCUUCUGCCGCCUCACUCCGCCUCUGUGCCUGAACUUCCUGGGCCUGAUCCACAUGGACUCGGCCAUCUCGCACCAGAAGAAGGAGCAGACCGCCUACACCUCCAUCAUGGGCUCCAUGAGGGUCCUCUCCUUCAUAGCUAACGGAUUCUAUAUCUACUAUCCCAUGCUAAUUCUUCUGCUCUGUAUCGCCACUUACUUCAGUCUGGGCACACGCUGUCUCAACCUCCUGGGCUUCCAGCAGUUCAUGGGAGACAACAACAUGACCUCUGACCUCAUGGACGAGGGCAAGGAGCUCAUCCGGCGAGAGAGACGGAAGCGGCAGAGGGUGGAAGAUGGAGAAAACCGUCGAAGAGAAUGGAAAGAGCGCUAUGGAAACCAGCGGGACGAGUACUCUACCAGGAACCGGAGCGCUGCUGCUGAGCUGAAGGAGACCAACUACUCCGACACGGUCAACGCUAAUGUUAACCGACAAGCCAAGUACUCUCGGUCUGGAGGUACUGGCCGUCCAGAGAGAGACCGGAUCGAGCUUCUGCAGGAUGCCGAGCCGCUGGACUUCAACGCUGAGACGGCCUCCGAUGACCUGGAGCUAGAGUCGGGGAGGCACACAGGGGGCCGGUACCUGUCCAUGUCCUCGUCCCGAAGCCGAAUCUUUGAUGACGUGUGACCCCCGAACAUGGGCAGGAGGGAGAAGGGCCGGUUCUCACUCUCUCACACCUCUCCUCCUCCACACAGGACAGACUGCAUCCAGAGAACUGCCACUCUCUCCCAGGGAAGUAGCAGUGCUUCCCCCCCCACACACCGAUGGCACUCUGUCAUGAUGUUGUAUAUCACUCACAGUCCUGAUACCCGAACGCGUCCCUGCAGCCUGGUUUUCAUUCACUAAGCCACCAAUUCUCUGACGGCUACCACUUAAACCUAAAGGAUUUGGCGAUGUUUUGAGAAAAACAGACUCGGUCCACUAUGGACAAGCCCUGUCCUUUUUAUAUUAAAACCAAUCUUCACUGGAUAAUUUAUCAAAAAUUUAGAUGAAAAGGCAUUACCCACACAUUUUCAUCUAAAUUCAUGUAUUCGGUGGUUUAAAUGAUUUAUGACGGCUGAUUUAUUGUGUUAACUUGGUUGCUUCAGGUCUAUAAGCCACUUCCAGCCCGUUCUAGUAGCUAUGAGAGACAGAGAUAGCAGACUGCCUCAUACGGUUUUGGCUCGCUAGUUUAUGAAUGGCUCGCAGCACACCUGACUGUGGCGCAUGAUGGCAUUUCUUAAUCAUAAAUGCUUAUGUUACAGCUGGACCUGUGUUGCUUAUGAUUUCAAAUAUUCUGGUGACUGUCUAGUGUUUUUUUUUGAGUGGUGCACAGUUGUCAGCACUAUGAUUACAACUGGAAAUGCGUUCUUCUGAAUUACAGCUCAUCUUUCCCACAGAUUUUUGUAUUUUUAGCUUCAACUAUCAGUAAAAUCCUAUUAAAUGUCCUGGUAAUUAAAAAAAAAAUAAUAAUAAUAAUAAUUUAAAACGAUGGGGCUUAUUCAUGGUUGGCUAAAAACAUUUCUGUCAUAAACUCGGAGUGUCAUAGAAAUCUAUCGGAGAAACUGAAGUUGAAUUAUUGAAGUUUUUCUUCUUUUCUUUUCUUUCCAUUCCUGUUAUUAAUUAUUAGUUAUACAUAUUAGCCUGUGUGAUUAGUCCACCCCAUUCUGACUGAAUGGGUGAAUUUACUCAGUCAUUAAUAUGUGGCAAAUGGGAAAAGCUUCGCUCUGCUCAUUUCAGUCCUACCACAGUGUUGUGUUCAUCUCUCUGAAAUUGUAUUUAUAUACGAAUUGUACAUACUUGUGUAAAUGUAGUUGCAAUAUUGGGAAAGCGUGUUAUAUAAUUUUGUGUUUUGUAAAUACUGACAUUUCUACAUCACUAGAUAGCUUGUGUCGCUAUAUUAUUAUUGUUAUUAUUAUUUUAAUGUUUAAUUUUUAAUUUAACUUCUCCCUCCCCAGUAUCUGCAGGCUCUUUUUGGCUUGUGUGUUACAUGGUAAUGCAGCUCUUUUCUGAUGCAUGAAGCCACUGCAUAGCUGUCUGGAAUUAUUUAAUAUUUUAUUAUUUUAUCCCAGGAUCUUGUUGAAUUGGAUCCUUUUUGAAAAACAUGUUCAUGGGAUUGAGAAACUUUCUCUGAUGUUGUGGAAUCAUAAGGCCGCAGUCUAAACGGGGUCUGUGUCGCUCUGUUCCUCUCUUUCAGUGCCUGUCCUGUGCGGACAGCAGCCAUAGUGGCUGUGACUGUGUUACUCUGUUCCUGCUGUUUGAGGCUCAUGUGCCGGAGGUUUCUUCUCUGCGGUUGCUAAAGCUGUUCAAAAUAAGCUGGCAUCUGCUGGCCUAUAUGUGUGGCAGGCCACCUACCGAUAAGAUAAAUGUGUUCUCUGUGUCACAAGCAUCCCAGCUGCUUUGCAACUGUAGCUUGAUGUAAUCAAUGAUUAACAUGAACUUUAUUGCCGAUUAACGUCCGUCAACUGUUUAACAAGCUGAGACUGUAAGGAAAACUGGUUGGCAUCUGUAAGGAAAACUGGUUUCCAACCAGCCAUCUGCUUUCUAUGUUGGCUGUAGACCAUCUGAUUGGCUACAGAAAGUAAUGAAUCUUUAACUGAAGGUUGCAUGGAAAUGACCUCAAAUUUAAGCACACACCUAGCUACAGAUGUUCCUAUGCUGUUCAAUUGUACAAGCGUUUGCACGCUCAUUGUAUGCGCGAACAGGCAUUUGCAGUCGGGAAUUUGAGAAAUCCCUGCAGUUUAGCGAUAUUUCAUAUUUCAUGUAAAAUUAACUUUUUUGUGCAAACGAUAAUAUAUGCUAUUCUGUGUAUGCACAAAGUAAACUGUAAAUUUCUUUUUUUGUCCAGCUGUUUGAAGGAUUCAUUUUAUAUUGCAGCGUUUAUCGGAAAUUAAGAAUUUAGUGUCUCCCUUUGGCCUAAACACUUGAAUAAAUUAUUGUUAAAGGCAGAUAUCCACCAUUUGUAGCACGUUUGAAGUUUUUUUUCUAUGGAAUAUUUUGGGAUGGUUACGUUUACCAAUAUUUCCAGAGGGUUAUUAAUGACAAUACAUAUGAACAUGCAAAAACUGUUUGUACUUAACACAUUUCAUACUAAUUCUACUCAUACGUGAUGAACCAAACCAUUGUGUUUUUUCAGUAUGGCAGGCCAGUAUGUGACUUUGUAGACCUUGCACAGUGAAAGACAGCAUCCUCAUAAAUACUGAUUUCUUUUCUUCUUUUGUUUUGUAGUAUGCAUAUACAAGACUACUAAAGUGAUUGCUUUCAUCAUGGUGACUCCAGGCAGCCCAUGAGAUGGCACACCAGUCUGAGAAACCUGAACUGGCUGAAUCUGUAGGAGGAAGAGUGAAUGCAGGCAUAGUUUAAGCUGUUUAUAUGGGUUGCAAUAAAAUUUGGACUAGCCAUAGGGUGUUACCUGCUUGUUUGAAAAUGGUUAAUGAACAGGCCUUGACUCAAGGAGUGUGAUAUACAUUUUUGCAUUAAAAAUAAAGCUGCCAUGAGAUUGUUUAUUUUGUGGAAGCACAUUUGUCUUGUAUGAAACUAGGCACGAAUAAUGAGGCUGCAUUGGAAACUUUAACCAUACCAGAUUAGGCACUACAGCUUCCAUGGUAUAAGAUGAAUAGAUAGAUAAAUCACCCUUUUAAAAAAUAAAAAUAAAUUCCACUUAAAGCUGUCUGAUUAAAUGCUAGGCCUGACUCUUGCGUGGAAGUUAGACUAUUGUGUGUCAGUUUAGCCACAUCGAUUAAGAACUAUAUUAUAUUUAGCAAACAAAUUUGUGUCUUCUCAUGAAAGGCUGUCACCUUUCAUUUGCUGUAGCAUCACCAGUGAAGCGGUCAUGUAAAUACAGGGUAGUGUUGCGUAAUGCAAUAAAUAAAAGUUAAACCUGAAAAGUGUCAUCCUGAAUUGAAGUUUGCUGAUUCUGCACUUGAAAAUCGAAAACGCUUUUUUUUGGAUCGAUGUAUGAACUCACUUCACGAAGUCAGUGAUUUUGCAAUUGCACGGAUAGUUCUGUUCAUGAACCCACUGCGUUUUCCAAUACUCAGGUUUGUUGUGUGCAGCUAAGGCUUGUCUGUUUGCUAGCAUCAUAUUUUAACUAGAGUAACAGCAACCCGUUUAGGUAGCUUGUAAUUUGAAGUCAGAGCGAAGGCAUGCAUUUGUGAAGAGGAAGCCUGCAACAAUGAAACCAUUAGAGUAAAUGCAAAAAGUAUUUCUAACUACUGUAAAAAUUAUUACUUUUAUAAAUAAGAAUAAUAGGAAUUCUUGCCUUGAACAAAAGACCUUUCAGCCUACUUAAUGGCAUACACAUGGAUGUAUAAGUAUGAGCAUAUUAAUACCAGUAGAGUUGUGUGGCCAGAUUUCUAUUUUCUUAUGCACUCCUGUUGUGAAAUUAAUAUAAUUUAAUGAUUUUUUUAUUUUUUUUUUAUUCCUUGUGAUGCACAAGACUGAAUCACAUGGAGUUUGCUGAAUUAAUCUUGACAGAAUACAAAUCUUAGUUUUAGAACAAUAAAUUGAUUCAUGUAUAACGUGUUCCUUAGCUCUGUGUGUGUGCCAGUUGACCAUGAUGUUAGGGCAGAAUUGUUAAGAUAAUAAGUUAUUACACAGCACUGUUGUUAAGAAAGAGAUUAUGUAUAAAGGAGUGGGCACUGGGGCAAUUUUGCUUAUGAUCAUGAGGUAUUAAUUAUUUGAAGGAUAACAUACAGCUAACCUCACUGGACAUGUGGCUAUGUGUCAGUGGAGCAGCAGUUCUUGUUUUAUUUAUACUGAUCAUAUUUACAUUAUUAUGCUAUUAUGUAUGCAUUGCAAUAUCAACAUGUGUUAAUACUUUAUCUGCUGAAAGCUGAUAGCACUGGUAAUAACUGCUAAGUCUUAUUUAUUAUGAAACUUGAGGCCUGUGUAACCAAGUCGAUCAAGCAAAAAAGAAUGAAUACUUAAAGGGUGGCUUCAGUAGGAGUCAUUUUGAUGGGCUGUAGAGGGGCUCGCAUCCAAUGCACUGCAGUUAUUUAGCUGAUGCUUUUAUCCAAAGCGACUUACAGUUUAUUAGACUAAGCAGGGGACCCUGGAGCAAUGUGUGGUUAAGGGCCUUGCUGAAGGGCCUAACAGGUGCACAGAUCUUAUUGUGGCUACACUGGGGCUUGAACCACCGACCUUCUGGGUCCCACUCAUGCACCUUAGCCACUACAGCCAAGUUACCAGAGAUAAAACAAAACAGGCUGGAAGGCCUAGUGAUAGUUUCCAUCAUUCUACUGAAGGGGAUGUACAAGAUAAAAACAUUUAUUAUUUAUGCAUGUAUGGCUUUUAUGAUCAUUGAUUAAUUUUCACAUGCUCCAGCAAUUAUCUGUACAGCGAUCGAUUCCUUUGCACUGAAAAUGCACUUGGUUUGUCAUUGCCAAGACUCAAUUUGUAAAUUCUUGCUUUUCACAAAAUGGUUCAUAAACCUACUUUGUCCGGUCAUCUGCUCGGGCAUGGCAUUUCUCCCUGGUUGUUUGCAGGGCUCUUCCUGGCACACACUCCCCAGAACCAAAAUGGCAGUCCUGCCAUGGCAACAUUGAAUGAGGGGGUUUUAUUGAUUUAAGUGCCACUGAUGGUUAAAUACAGAUGUCCACUACAGCUUGUGCUCUCCAAUACCAACAGGCCCUUUACUGGAUGCCACAUAUUUAAAAAUAUAUAUUUUAAAUUUAUUCAUUGGUCUAUUUCACAGGGUCAAUGCAGAGCACAUUAUAACAGGUUCCAACACCAUGCAACACAUGUGUAGGGGCUCUAGCCAAGGCUAAUUUGCAUCCCCUGUCCCUGGUUAGGCUGUUCUAAAGAUACAAAUGUUACAGCAUUUGAAGGGGUGAAUUUGAACACAAUGCUUAAAAUCUAGAAUGUGGAAUGUUUUUUUCAACUAUACGGCACUCAAUGCAAAUAGGCCAUUUUGUUGUUUUUUCCCCCUCCCCAUGCAUUGCCAGUGAUUCAGAAGCAUUAUGUUAUUUGAUUUAGACUAUUUUCAUCCCGUUUGGGUUUACCGCAGUACAGGUAAUGCAUGUGUAGUAAAGAGCGAUACACACUGUAAAUAUUUAAUUGCUGCAAGUGACUGUGUUCAUAGUCAUUUUGCCAUGGGUGUGCAAAACAAUUUAAUCCAAUGCCUGUUUAUGAUGAUCUUAUUACGGAAAAUGAUGCCAACCACAUAUCUGCUUUUUCUUUAUUUCUCAGUUUGUAUGAAAAUGUACGGUUUUAAAUAUUCCUUUGUAGUCAUUUCAAAAUGAAAAUGUAAUUUGAAAAAUUCUGUAUUCAAGGACAUUCAUGUUUCCUGAGUGAUAUUAUUAUUAUUAUUUUUUUUUAUGUGCACAUUAUUUUCUUGAUAGACACGUGUUCUGAGGCUGAAAUUAGAUCAUUUAUUAGUCAUGAUGUACACUGUGUUCUCUGGAAUAAUACAAAUCAUAUAGAAAUGUUGUGAUGUGUAUUACAAUAAACAUGUUUAUUUCAA